ACGAGCUUUACGUGUCUAUAUGCAUCGAUUAGCCGCCAUCUGCUGUUCACAAGAGCCGAACACUCUGCCAUGACCCUGGAUAAAGCCCAAAAAGCUGCCCUCGGAAUUAUUGACACUUUAGAAGGGUCAUCUCCUCGAUGCUUCAGUUCUCUGCACAUUGAUUCUUUGAGCACUUGCCUCUCACCGUCUCACCGUCAUCUACACGGUGUCCAGAGCGCUUCCUUGUUUCAGGCCAAUUGCGGUACGGUCUGAAUCGCGAGAGGAGGGGUGGUCUCCGGUAUCCGGUUCUUUUAGUAAUCCUGCGCCGGUGGAAUUUUAAAUCCGUUCCUCCAGCGGGUUAGCGCGGCAAGCGUAUCGGGUUUAAUGGAUGUUGUUUAAUGUCGUGCUACAUAGUUUCAAGCGCGUUGUUUCGUUUGGAACGCUUAACUGUUACAGUGUAACAUUUGUGGAACGAUCACAUUGUGUUUAGAACUUUUAAUUGUUACAUUUUAACAGCGCAUGAUGAGCUUUAGAACUAUUCAUGAUUACAUUAAACAGUGCAGUACGAGGACUGGUAGUUCACAACGUUUAAUUGUUACAUUUGAACAGCGCAUGAUGAGCGUUCGUGCGUUUAGAACGUUUAAUUGUAACGUUUAACAGCGCGUAACGAACGUUGGCGUGAUUGGAACGUUCAGUGUGUAGAAUGAGUGUUACAUUUUAGCAGCUCAGAAUGCGUAUUGGUAUUUUAUAACGUUUAACUGGUAAAUCGAACGGCACACAAUCAUUAUUGACGGGUUGGAACGUUUAAUUGUAACAUUGUAACAGCGGAGAAGUGAACGGAGCAGCCCACCGGGGUCUGGCAUAAAUAUUAAACAAAUGAUAGAGGAGGAGUCGGUGCAUGUUUGGUUUUAGAUAAAGGGAUGUGAACGGAGCUUUGGACUCGGUGCGUUCUUUUUCCUGAGAGGACGUUUGCUGGACGUCCUGUUGCUUUAUCAUUACGAGUGAUCUCUCAUAACCGGAUUUGGGCAUUAUCGAUCGGAUUAUGAGUUGUCAUCCAUGCAAAGCUCUGUCCAAGCGUGUCAAGAGAUUGUGUGGGUUGGAUUUUGCUUUCACAUCUUUGUAAAACUCUAGAGGUGGUUUCAUUUUUUGCUGUUCUUUUGAUUCACCCAUUCGGACACAUAUGAUAAACGAGUUGUAUAUGAGCGAUAUUUGCGUCCGCUGCAUGUAGGAUGCACUCCGCAAGCAAUGUUGAGAACACUGCAGGAGGAGGUAGUCCGGAGGAAUCGACUCCUGAACUGCAGGCUGGACAGGAUAAACAGCCCUCUCCCUCCACAAUGGAGCCAAACCCAGAGACUGAACAAUACGAGGAACUGGUGCAUAAAAUCGCGCCAGAGGACAGCACGGUGCAGCUGAUACAAACCAGCGGCACAGACAAGCGUCCGGCGACUCCACCCGCCCCCACCGCGGGACACCCUGGACCCGGUUUCGUUCCGCCCGAGGGAGGGUUCGGCUGGGUCGUGGUGUUUGCCGCUACUUGGUGCAACGGCUCGAUUUUCGGGAUACAGAAUUCGUUCGGUAUUCUGCACAUGAUGUUGCUGGAUGACCACGGAGUUCAAACGGACCAGACGUCUCAGUUUAAAGUGGCAUGGGUCGGAGCGCUGGCAAUGGGGAUGAUAUUUUUCUGCUCUCCUGUGGUCAGUAUGUUCACUGAUCAUUUCGGCUGCAGGAAGACGGCUGUCUGCGGAGCAUUUGUGGCCUUCAUUGGUCUUCUCACCAGUUCCUUUGCAACCACGCUGGGUCUUAGAUACUUCACAUAUGGAAUACUGUUUGGCUGUGGGUCAUCGUUUGCGUUUCAGCCUUCUCUGGUGAUCCUUGGGCAUUAUUUCCGUCAAAAACUGGGAUUCGCCAAUGGCGUGGUGACGGCGGGCAGCAGCCUCUUCUCUAUGGGGCUUCCUGUGCUGCUCAAGAAAGUGGUGGAACCUCUGGGCCUCGCCAGAACCUUCCAGAUUCUCAGUAUCUUCAUGCUGGUCCAGUCGCUGCUCGCCCUCACCUUCCGCCCACUCAUGCCCAUCGGAAUGUGCCCGAUGCCAGGCAUGGGGAUGGAAGGAGGUCCGUCUGGCCUGGAUUCGGCGAGCAGGUGGCAGAGGGGCCUGGUGAAAGUGAGGAAGUACUUUAAUGUACGUGUGUUCAGCGUGUUGACCUAUCGGGUGUGGGCGUUCGGCGUCGCCACGGCGGUGCUGGGAUAUUUCGUGCCGUACGUACACCUGAUAAGUUUUGUGAAGGAGAAGUUUGGAAACACUGAGAGGGAAUGGGUGCUUCUUGUGUGUAUUGGAGCGUCAUCUGGGAUCGGUCGACUGCUGUUUGGGAAGCUCGGAGACAUCAUACCAGGAGUGAAGAAAAUCUACAUGCAGGUGGCCUCGUUCAUUCUUCUUGGCCUGAUGUCCAUGCUGAUACCUCAGUGUGCUGUGUUUGAAGGUCUUGUGGUGGUUUUUGUGUUUAUGGGUCUUUGUGAUGGCUGUUUCAUCACUAUCAUGGCGCCCAUCGCCUUUGAGUUGGUAGGGCCCAUGCAGGCGUCUCAAGCUAUUGGCUACCUCCUUGGCCUCAUGGCCAUACCGAUGACAGCUGGACCACCAAUCGCAGGCCUUCUUCAUGACUAUUUUGGCAACUACAACGUGGCGUUUUAUCUGGCUGGUGUCCCGCCGGUGGUGGGUGGUAUCGUGAUGUUUUUUGUACCUCUGCUGCAUCAGCGCAUGCAAAGACAGCGCAAAGAGGCGAACGACCCGAGCAGGGACAAGAUGUUGAAGAACUGCUCUAACGGAGACAUGCUGCCAGGAUACACCGACAUGGAGACACACAUAUGAAGCCCACCGCCAAACAAAGGGAUUAAUGUCACCAGCAUUGCUCGUGGUGUGUGUGAGAGAGAUGGUGUAUGAUGCAUUUCCUAUUUGCUUGGCUCGAAUCAAAUACGAGCCCCCCC